GGGGUGUAUAAAUGACAGGCACACACGCUUUUUUUCCUGAAUGAAAUAGUUGAGCAGAGCAAGAGAAAGAUUAGGCGAGAAGAACUUCUCUUUUCGUUGUUUCCCACCCUUCAAGCUUCUCAUUCCCUGCAUUCCUGCUUAAGCAGCAACCACAAGAAAACCCAGGAAGAUGAAAUACAUCAUUGGGAUAGGAGGCGUGACCAAUGGUGGCAAAACCACUUUGACCAAUAGACUUAUCAAAGCCCUUCCAAACUGUUGCGUUGUCCAUCAGGAUGACUUCUUCAAGCCACAAGAUCAAAUACAAGUCGGGGAAGACGGCUUUAAACAAUGGGAUGUGUUGGCUUCUCUGGAUAUGGACGCAAUGGUGAGCACUGUACAUGCAUGGAUUGAGAAUCCAGUGAAGUUUGCCCGAUCCCAUGGAGUGAGUGUUUCCUGUGGAUCAAAGGUGCCCAGUUCCGCUGAUAUUCACAUACUGAUUGUUGAAGGGUUCCUGCUAUACAACUACAGACCGCUGAUUGACUUGUUUGACAAACGCUACUACUUAGUGGUUCCAUAUGAUGAAUGCAAGUGGAGAAGAAGUACACGUAAAUAUACAGUACCUGACCCUCCUGGUCUCUUUGACGGUCACGUGUGGCCCAUGUAUCUUAAGCACAGGAAAGAAAUGGAGGCCAGCAAUGUUGACGUGGUUUAUCUGGAUGGGCUGAAGUCCAAAGAUGAUCUUUAUAUGGAAGUGUUUGAAAAUAUACAGAACAAGCUUUUAAAUUGUUCAUAGGAUCAGUGGAAAACUGAAAGAUCCAUGUACAAAUCUGAUGUAAAUACUAUUUUGGAUAUUUACGGAAACAUGUAGGGUUAAGUAAAAUGCCCUUCCGACACUGUCCUUUGGAAAAUAACUUUAUGUAUAUAAUUGAAAGUUAAGGUAGUUUAUUUACAGCUCAACCAUGGGCAGUUUUUUUUUAUUUCCUUAUUUUAUAUUCCAUUGGUUUAAAUGUGUAUGUUUUAAAAAUGCAUUUUUAUAAUGGAAUGCUUAGAUGAAGUCUGUAAAAUACCAUUGUUUGUAGCUUUGUAUCGAUAGUUUGCUUGUAUAACAUCACACUGUACACUCAGUAAAGAAACAUUUAAACA